AUGGUUGGACCCCCUGUUGAAUCCAACUUCUCCGCCAGAAAUCCUCAGUACUCAUUGAUUGCCGUGGGCACAAUAAGUCCAGUUUAUGCAAUCAAUAGCGAUUCAGUCAUAAAACGCCGCCCCAGGCCUACAGACAAUUUCGCUUAUCAAGCAUACAACAUUGAAGUCCGCGCUUACGAACGGUUAGGCAAUCAUCCUCGCAUCGCAAGUAUCCGGGAAAUUACAGAGGAUGGAAUAGUCCUCGAGCGAGGUGAAUGUCUGCGCAAGAAGAUCCAGGAGUCGCAGACGGCAAUGCAGACAAGGCUCCGUUGGGCCCUAGAGGCUGCAGAGGGUUUGCGCUACAUACACACUAAGAAUAUUAUCCACGCGGAUGUGGGCUGUCACAAUUUAGUUUUAGAUCAGGCGGGCCGUAUACAGUUUAUUGACUUUUCUGGCUCUGGGAUCGACGGGGAAGUGGCAAUGGUGUGCUAUGAAUGGUGUAGCUAUCGGCCUGGAUCUGAUCCUGAUAUCAAAACUGAGAUCUUCGCCUUUGGUUCCACGCUGUUUGAAAUCGAGACGGGCGAGAAGCCUUACCACGAAUUGGAAAAGACUCUUAGCGCUGGGAGAUUAAUAAAACGGGUAGAGCAUCUUUUUACUAUAGGGGAAUACCCGAGUGUGGAUACGCUUGGGGAUUACUCCUCAAUGGAUGAGGUUGCUCGAGAUAUAAACGCGUGCUGUCAGGGUUUGCAUGACACCUCUUUCGUACAGGAAGAAUAA